AUGUCUAAACAAGACGUUCAAACAAGACUUCUUCACCCAGAAAAGUCCCAUAUUGCUCACUCUCAUGUACUCCCGAUCUUCCAGACCUCGACUUUCUGUUUCGACUCGACACAACAAGGUGCCGAUCUCUUUAUGGGAAAGGGUGAAGGCCAUAUCUAUUCCAGACUUGGUAAUCCAAGUGUCGAACUUUUUGAAAAUAUGAUGGCUGAAUUGGAAGGAGCUGCUGGAUCUGCUGCAUUUUCAUGUGGUAUGGGUGCUGUUAAUUCAUCAACUUUGGCAUUUUUACAAAAGGGAGACCAUUUAAUUGCUGGAGACACUUUAUACGGAUGCACCGUAUCACUCUUCGAACAUUGGCUUCCAAGGUUUGGCAUAGAAGUCGACUUGGUUGACACUUCAGAUUUGGAAAAGGUCAAGAAAGCGUGGAAAAGCAACACCAAGAUGGUCUACUUGGAAUCACCAGCAAACCCAACUAAUAAGGUAUCUGACGUCAUUGCUAUUGCACAACUCUGUAAGGAGAAUAAGGCCAGACUCGUCAUAGAUGCCACUUUCUCAUCACCAUACUUCUUCCAUCCACUUCAACUUGGCGCAGACAUCGUAUUGCAUAGCGCAAGUAAGUACAUUAAUGGUCAUGGCGAUGUCAUUGCUGGCGUCACUUCGACCAAGACUAAAGAAGAUAUAAUGACUAUUAAGGCGUACAGAAAAGACGCGGGAAGCUUGAUGUCACCAUUCGACGCUUUCUUGUGCGUGAGAGGAUUAAAGACAUUGCCUAUGAGAAUGAAAGCACAUUGCGAGAAUGGAAUGAAAGUAGCGAGAUGGUUGGAGACACAAGAAAAGGUGUUGAAAGUUAACCACCCAGGAUUGGAGUCCUUUGAAGGUCACAAACUUGCCGCAAAACAGUUAACUGGAUAUGGAAGCACUUUCUCAUUUGAAAUGAAAACAUUCGAAGCAGCGAAAAAGUUAAUGGAACAUGUCAAGAUAUGCACACUUGCAGUCUCUCUAGGGUGUGUUGACACUUUAAUUGAACACCCAGCUUCUAUGACACACGCUGCAGUCCCAGAGAAUAUCAUGAGAAAACAGGGAAUUACUCCAGAAAUGGUCAGGAUUUCAAUUGGUCUUGAAAACCCAGAUGACAUUAUCAACGAUCUUAAACAAGCUCUUGCUCAGUGUUAA